AUGAUUAUUACUGGAGAUAAUGUUGAUGGUAUCUCUGAUCUCAAGGCGUCCCUUUACCGUACUUUUGAGAUGAAAGAUCUUGGUUUUCUCAGCUAUUUUCUUGGUCUAGAAGUCAUAUCCACCGAUGAUGGAAUCUAUCUCUCUCAAACUAAAUAUGCUUCAGAUCUUUUUGCUCGAGCUGGAAUUGCAGAUAGUCGCACUGAGUCUACUCCUCUUGAGCCUAAUGUUCGAUUUACUCCUAUGGAUGACACUGUUUUAGAUAAUCCUACUCUUUAUCGACAGCUAGUUGGAGGACUCGUCUACUUAACUGUCACCCGACCAGAUAUCGCCUAUCCGGUUCAUAUUCUUGGCCAGUUCUUGUCAGCUCCUCGUACUACUCACUAUGCGGCAGUUCUUCGCAUUCUUCACUACAUCAAAGGCACCCUAUUCUAUGGCCUUUAUUUUUAUGCCCAUUCAUCUUUAUUCCUUCAGGCGUACUCAGAUGCUGAAUGGGCUGGUGAUACCACUGAUCGUUGUUCCACUACUAGUUAUUGUUUGUUUCUUGACGACUCUCUCAUUUCCUAG